AUGGCCCUGAGAGGCGUCUACGCGCGGCUACUGUACCGCGGACCUGGCCUACUAGUCUUUCGUUCAUGGAGCUCGGCGACAGCGCAGACCGAGAAAGGCGAGAAGACCCAGAGUCGAUCGGCCAAGCCUUCGCGGCCUGAGUUUGACUGGAGGGAUCCACUGUUGCUGGAGGAGCAGCUGACAGCAGAUGAGAUCCUCAUCAGGGACACCUUCCGCACCUACUGCCAGGAGCGCCUCAUGCCCCGCAUCCUGCUGGCCAAUCGCAACGAAGUUUUUCACCGGGAGAUCAUCUCAGAGAUGGGGGAGCUCGGUAUGCUGGGCCCCACCAUCCAAGGGUAUAGCUGUGCUGGAGUCUCAUCAGUGGCCUAUGGGCUCUUGGCCCGAGAGCUGGAGCGAGUGGACAGUGGCUACAGGUCAGCAAUGAGUGUCCAGUCUUCCCUUGUCAUGCACCCUAUCUACGCGUAUGGCAGCGAGGAGCAGAAGCAGAAAUACUUGCCCCGGCUGGCCAAGGGGGAGCUUCUGGGCUGCUUUGGGCUCACGGAGCCCAACCACGGGAGUGACCCUAGUGGCAUGGAGACCAGAGCCCGCCACAACCCAUCCAACAGGAGCUACACCCUCAAUGGGUCCAAGACCUGGAUCACCAACUCACCUGUGGCUGACUUGCUGAUAGUAUGGGCUCGGUGUGAGGAUCACUGCAUUCGGGGCUUCCUGCUGGAGAAGGGGAUGCGGGGCCUCUCAACCCCCAGGAUUGAGGGCAAGUUCUCUCUGCGGGCAUCAUCUACAGGGAUGAUUAUUAUGGAUGACGUGGAAGUGCCAGAGGAGAAUGUGCUGCCUGGGGUGUCUGGUCUGGCGGGCCCCUUCGGCUGCCUAAACAAUGCCCGCUAUGGCAUCACAUGGGGUGUGCUUGGAGCUGCUGAGUUCUGUUUGCACACGGCCCGGCAGUACACUCUGGACAGGAUCCAGUUUGGUGUCCCACUAGCCAAGAACCAAUUGAUUCAGAAAAAGCUGGCGGACAUGCUCACAGAGAUCACACUGGGCCUUCAUGCCUGCCUGCAGCUCGGCCGCUUGAAGGAUCAAGACAAGGCUGCCCCGGAAAUGGUCUCUUUGCUGAAGAGGAAUAACUGUGGGAAAGCCCUGGACAUUGCUCGCCAGGCCCGAGACAUGCUGGGGGGGAAUGGGAUUUCUGAUGAGUAUCACGUGAUCCGGCAUGUCAUGAACCUGGAGUCUGUGAACACCUAUGAAGGCACGCAUGACAUCCACGCUCUGAUCCUCGGAAGGGCUAUCACAGGGAUCCAGGCAUUCGUGGCCGGCAAGUGA